CAGUUUUGACCCAACCUGAGCUUGGGCGAGCAAGCAAACGCGCGUUGUCCGGCAAUUACAAGAUGCACUUUUACCUCCGAUUCAAGGUAGCUAGUGCACGUUGCUGUGCUGCGUGAAAAGUGCAUUACAUGCGUAAACUUGCGUUCCUCCUACUGAGUAAGUGCAUGCGUAAAAGUGUGGCGUAAAUUUCCCACCGGAAAGCUAUCGACAAGUGGUGCUGUACGAACAGUUGCUGUGGAUUGCCGGUGUGACCUCACCGUGGUGUGCGAAAUUGGUCCAUUCGAAACUGUGCGAAACGCAAAAGCGUUUGCAAAAAUUGCCUUCCAGAAGGAUCUGUUUUAGUUGAGCACUAGCUGCCAAGAUUCAAGAGUAAUGGAUGAUUAUUCGAGUGAACCGGACACCAGCAGCGACGAUUCAAGUGAUCAAGCAGAAACCGCCGAAACGUCCGGCAACUACAACAACAUCCAGGAGCUCGAUCCAACCGAUUUGGAUCACGCUGAGCAAGAUGAGGAAUGUUUUGCCACCGGCGAUCCGGAGGUGCCCUUCGAAAUGUGCCGACAGUGUGGUGCUUACUGUCUCGACCCAACAGACGAAGGGCAGCGGCAAAUUCAUCACGCGCACUGCUCUUUGGAACACCAGCUUAGAAACGACCAUUUGCUUGAGCUCGAUAUUUCCCGCGACAAAACGUGCUACAUUUGUCUGGAAGUGGUGAUGAAGAAGGCGGCCCGGAAGCGACGGUUCGGCAUACUGCCGAACUGUAGCCACACCUUCUGCCUAAGCUGCAUCCGGCUGUGGCGCAAAUCCGACAAGGAUAGGGUUAGGCGCGCCUGCCCGGUGUGCCGAGUCCGGUCCAACUUUGUCUUUCCCAGCUACUUUUGGAUCGAGGACGAAGCAGCGAAGCAGCAAGUUAUCCAGGACUAUAAACACGGUUGCAGCCUGACGGAUUGCAAACACUUCGGCAAGGGUACCGGAGUUUGUCCGUUUGGUUGGAAAUGUUUCUACCGUCAUGCACUUCCGUCCGGCGAGCUGGUCGCUAAAAGCAAACCGAACCGUAAAGCCAGACGGAAGCGGCCUGCUGCUGAACCGGAAGCGUUUGCACCGGCGGGAAUGCUUUGGCAGCAGUAUGACGACGGCUUAUCGUGGGAUUAAUGGGGCGCAAAGGGGUCUACAUUUAUCGGUCAAAACGGUGUAGGAUACAGGAAUGGUUAGUUUGAACAUUUCAUUACAAUAAAAGUAAAUAAUUACAAACAAAAAGUUUGCAGAAAA